UUUACUCUGCUUACACGCUCGUCUGUACGGACCUCUAUCUGGACCAUCGACUCAUCAACCUUUACAACGCUCGCUGAAGAUUCUCAACCGCCCUCAGAUCGCCAUGGAGCAAGCACAUACGUUCGGCAUGCCGCUUCUGCAGAACCGCCGAUUAGAGCGUAGCAUGAGAGCCAAAGAGACGAUUGGUGAAGCUAUUCCAGAGAUCCUCCGCUCUAGUGCGCGCGCAAGGCGUGGCGUACAGCAAGUAGACCUCAUCGUCGACCCGGACAUACCAGCGCAUCACGGUGCGGAAUCUACCGCAGCGCUGCCCGAUGCUGGACCGAACAUUCGCCUGUUGUGCGCCGACACACUCGAGGCUGCCGCCCGCAUGGCAGAGCGACCGUUCGCGCAGCGGCGGACGGGAAGAGCCACGUCUCCCGAGACGAGCUCGCAAAGACCCAAUGUUGCCGUCUUGAGCUUCGCGUCUGCCUCAAGGCCUGGCGGUGGCUUCGUCGAUGGUGCCAACAGCCAGGAAGAGUUUCUCUGCGCUCGCAGCACUCUAUGGCAUUCACUCUCCGAUUCACUCUACCCUCUACCGGACAUUGGCGGUGUCCUCUCGCCAGACGUUAUGGUCUUUCGAGACAGCACGCCCGAGGCCAACGACCUUCUGAAGAUCGACAGGUUCUUCGUUGAUGUCAUAUCCGCCAACAUGCCACGCUUCCCCGACGGUCGCGGUCGCUCCGAGGAGCGGUUAGAGCAUGCUUGCACUUGCGGUGUCAGCUACUGCGAUCGCGAUCGCGAUAUUAUUGUCCGCAAAAUGAAAGCCGUCUUGCGUAUGGCGCAGAUGCGUGGGACUGAGCGCCUCGUCUUGGGUGCUUGGGGCUGUGGCGGCGCACACGGCCAUCCGAUAAAGGAAGUGGCUAAGCUCUGGCGCAAAGUCAUCGCUGGCGGUCCGCGUCAGCGUAAGCCUAACGCCGAGAGGUGGCAGGGCAUCAAGGAGAUCGUCUUCGCCAUUCCUGACCGGAGCAUGGCUAGUGAAUUUGAGCUGGCCUUCAAAGAUGUGCUGACCUAUGGUGUCAUUUCACCACCUGCGAAGGACGAGAACACUACCGUUAUUGAUGUCGGUAAGGUCGGGAACUCCUCUAUCGACGAUAUGGUGGUGAGAAUGCAGGAGCUUGAACUCGAGCUCGAGAACAUGCAGACUUCGCGAUCGAAGCAACGGCUACGAGAUGAACUAGCCAUCAUCAACAGAGAUCUUGCGCGAGCUUCGGCACUCAAGCGGCUUCGCGACGAGGGUCUCUUGCUGGACACAGAAGACGCAGACCCGGUCAACGAUGAGGACGAGGACUACGUGGCCGUCGAUGCCAUCCAGUCCGACGCCGAGAACACCUUCUAUAGCCUUGACGAUGGUUCAGACUCCUCAGAGGCCUUACCUGUCCCUGAUGCCUUCGAGUUUAGACCGCAGCCUCCCGAGCUAGACUUCGAAACAAGUCUAUCGGAAGACGAAUUAGACGGCGACAGCUCGAUGCGUAUGAAUGGCCUGCUCAAACCGUCUCCGCGAUUCAAUCCGAAGACCGGAUGGUUCAAUGGCAGUAUCGAUCAGCUUCACGGUAUGCUCAAGCGAGGUGGUCCGGACAUGGGUAGUCAUGCCAGUCCGACCAUGGAACCGGAGACUGGCGGCGGUUUGUGUGGCGUCGAGGAGUAUGCGUUAAAUGAUUAUCUGGAAAAGCACUCUGGACAAGAGAAGGUCGAACACUGAUAUGCCCUAUGAUUUGGUCACAAGCGGCGGAGUUUGCUGUGUUGGGUGAAUGCAUGAUGACUUUGGCUUGUACGCAACGCACUCUUGGUUUACGGAAGCGUGGCGUCUCGGAUUUGUCCUGGAUGGUGGCUUAAAGAGCUCGGUUGUGUGAUGGUUGUUUGGUCAUUCGCCUUUGAGUGUACGAUGUACAAUUUCACCGUAUCAUCCUUUCUAAAUUGAUCAUGGUCCUGAGUACUGGAGCAGAGACAAUAAGCUCUUUGCUCGGCGGGA